GUAAGGAAUUCAUCUGUGAAACAUUUUUGACGUUGCUAUUGCUGUCGCUUUUAGAAAUUGUCGUUAUCAUUUUGCAAGCAACGCCGGCUGUGACUGUUGUUGAGAGAGCCAAACAUACGUACAUACAUGCAUAUGUAUGUAUGUAUGUACAAUUUUGAGAGCGACUGCGAGAGCUAGUGAGAGCGUUAGCCUAAAUAAAUUCUAUGUGUGUGUGUAUGUGUGUCGGCUACAAAACUCAGCAGCAACAGCAAUUUCACCGCAACAGCAGCAUCAACAACAGCAGCAGCUCAACAACGACAGCAGCAACACUUCCAGCAACGGCAGCAACAAAAGCCAAUCAACAGAGACGGCGAAUAUUUAGAAAAUCUGUGUAAAAAGCAAUAAACGGAUACAACAAAUUGCAGCAACAAUGAAUACUCGACGCAGCACAGGCAGCAUCAACACCAACAACAACUACACUAAUCACAACAACAACAACAGCGAGAAGCGCAACAACAGAAACAAGUCGCUGAGCAGAAGCCUUGUAGCAGCAACAGCGAUUACCACAAAUGCGAUAACACCCGAGUUGCAUGCGAUCAAUGCCAAAAUCUGUCGCCUGGUGGAGCAACAUCCUUGCAUGUACGAUCGCUCGCAUCCUUCGUACAUGCGCAAAUCACAUGUGGAACGCGCAUGGGACGACAUUGCUAGCCAGAUGAAUGAUGACAUUGAUAGUUGCAAGGAACGCUUUCGGAAUAUACGCACAAGUUUUGCCCGUUCCAUCAACGUGCAGCGGCGAGCGAAUCGCGUCAAACCCUACUAUCUGAGCGAGGAGCUGGAGUUUCUCAAGAAGCACAUUACACCCGGCGUCCCGGUGCCCAUCAAAGGCAGACGCUCACGCGACAGCGUUCGUCGCGGCGAUGAGGGCGACGAUGAUGAGGCAGAGGAGCUGGUCCAAGAGCCGGGCGCCUUGUUGCACAUCAAACACUCGAUGAGCAGCGGCGAAGAGGAUAACAGCAGCGAUAGUUCCGAGUGGGCCAGCCAGGAGCAUGCGCAGAGCGUCGCCAGCGAGGCAAAGCAGCCGAGCGACGACGAACAACAGAAGUUAAUAGCAAAUGCCGCCAUUCCGCCCAAAAAGCGUCGCCGCACAGUGGUCGAGGGGGCGCCAGCCACCGAGCCCACUAACAACAAUGGAGAUGUUGCUGUCGAAACGAAGCCAACGAUAGACUUUGAUGACGCUUUUCUGCAAGGACUUCGUCCCGAAAUGAAUCACAUGAACUUCCAUCAGAAACUGUAUUUCAAGCGUCGCGUUUACGAGCUGCUGGGCUCAAUUUUCGAGGAAAACGAGCCACCCAAUAACAAUAUUAAUCAAGUUCAUUCGAAUGGACACCCGACAGCAACACCUUCGCCGAAUGCACUGCAGCACCUUGGCUUGUUACCACGCGCUGGCUUGUUGCAGCUGCCCAAAUUGGCUCCCAAACCCACCAAAGAUCUCUAAAACAGAAUUGUUAGCAAUUCAAUUCAACCAAGCUUGCCCAAAGAUGGCCACAGUUAAUCGUAGCUGUGUUAAUCUCUUCGAAUUUACGAUGUACAGUAAUUUCACUUAACACUAACUAGAUAUAUACACUUAUAUAUAUAAGAUGUUACGAAGAUUCUAGAUUCUACUUAACUAGUUUAAGCAACACUUUUUUUAAGCUCAGUUCAAGUCGUUAAAGAAAACAUAGCAUACCGAAAGUUGGUUCGGUAUAUGUUUAUCGGCUAUCCGCAUUCCAACAAGUGAAUGGCUUAGACUUGCCAAGAUAUUUGCAUUAAAUGAAAAAGAAUUAACGGUUAACAAAUACAAAUAUAUUAUUUUAAAAAAGAAAA